CUCCUUGGAUCUUUAAAAACACGUGCGCUUUGACUCGUCUUUAUAGUGUUUGUUGUGGGAUUCAGAUGUUUUGAUACAGUAGCCUAACAGUUUUCAUUGUAGUUUUGUGUGCCUCGUUGCCUGUCCCUUCUACUCACUAAGUCAGCACUUUUUCCAGGAGACUUCAGUGAGAGAUCGCUGGUCGAGAGGAUGACAGCUCGAGUGUACUGGUCGAGUGCUGUUUUAUUGUGUCUGUGUGGAUGUUUGAGCACAGCAGAUGGAGUAGCAGUGAAGUCUGCUGCCAAACCGCCCGAACCUCUGGUGAUGUCUGCUGCCAAGCCUCCAGUGUUGCUUGUUUCCAGACUAUUCAAGCCUCCAGUGAAGACUGCUGCCAGGCCUCCAGUGACACCUGCUGCUGAACCAGCCAAGCCUCCAGUGACACCUGCCGCUGAACCAGCCAAGCCUCCGGUGACGCCUGCCGCUGAACCGGCCGAGCAUUUGGUGACGCCUGCCGCUGAACCGGCCGAGCCUCCGGUGACGCCUGCCGCCGAACCGGCCGAGCCUCCGGUGACGCCUGCCGCCGAACCGGCCGAGCCUCCGGUGACGCCUGCCGCCGAACCGGCCGAGCCUCCGGUGACGCCUGCCGCCGAACCGGCCGAGCCUCCGGUGACGCCUGCCGCCGAACCGGCCGAGCCUCCGGUGACGCCUGCCGCUGAACCGGCCGAGCCUCCGGUGAAGCCUGUCACCGAACCGGCCAAGCCUCUGGUGAAGCCUGCUGCCAAUCCUCUGGUGACGGCUGUUGCCAAGCCUCCAGUGAAGCCUGUCUUUGAACCAGCCAAGCCUCCAGUGAUUCCUGCCGCUGAGCUUCCCAAGGCUCCGGUGAAUAUGGCUGCCCCCAGGCCCCCGGUGAAUAUGGCUGCCCCCAGGCCCCCGGUGAAUAUGGCUGCCCCCAGGCCUCCGGUGAAUAUGGCUGCCCCUAUGCCUCCGGUGAAUAUCGCUGCCCCCAGACCUCCGGUGAAUAUGGCUGCCCCCAGGCCUCUGGUGAAUAUGGCUGCCCCCAAGGCUCCGGUGAAUAUGGCUGCCCCCAUGCCUCCGGUGAAGCUUGUUGCCAGACUGUUCAAGCUUCCGGUGAAGCCUGUCGCUGAACCACCCAAGCCUCCAGUGAGGCCUGCUGCCAAGCUUCCGGUGUAAUGUCGCCGAACUGCCCAAGCCUCCAUUGAAGCCUGCCACCGAGCCAUGGCAACAUUUCCCUCUUCUCACCAAAUAAACUUAAUCAGACCUCUUUCUGUGGUGACUUUUUUUUUUUUUUUUUUUUUUUUUUUUUUUUAAAUCCUUUCCAGGAGCUUGGCAGCAAAAGGUUCAAAACUCUUUUCAGCAAAAACAUGACCUUGAGGGGAAAGCUUUGUACUAAACUACCCAAAGUUAAAUGUAGGGUGCUGCUAAUGUGAGAAUGUUGUCAAUUAGCAAGUCAUGAAGUUAACAAAGUACUACUAAAUUCAUGUUAGCUGGGAAGGAUUUUCAUGCAGGUACGAUUCUGUGGGGAGUGAAAUUUAAGGUUAGAAAUGUUCUGACUCUGGGUAGUAUUUUGGGGUAUAAUCUUGCAAGAACAGUGCCCUACCGAUCAUGAGAGAACCGUAUGUGCAGCAUCAAAUAGUUUUUGGUGGUAGUGAUCAUAGCAGAGAGGGAGAUGAGACGUGCAGUUUAAUCAGCUGUGGCAGGUUCAUGUUUGCCUCUGUUCAAUAAAACGUAAUCACCAGA